CCGAGCUCUACGGACGUCUAUUUCUAAAGCUCUAAAUCUUCGAGUCGUGAAUCGGAGUGAAUUCGAGUGUCGACCGGGAAAUUCUUUCGGCCAAGAAAGGUCUUUAAAAACUAAGAUCUCAAGCGAUUGUGUUUUUGUGUAAUUGACGUUCUCUGUUGAUGUCUCUGAACGCCGAGCGAUCGUACAAAAUGAAACUGCGCGAUGUGGAAAAUGCCUUCAAAUACCGGCGCAUACCGUAUCCCAAGCGUUCCGUGGAGCUGAUCGCCCUGCUGGCUAUUUCGUGCACCUUCUUCCUGUUCAUGCACACCAACAAACUGAACAGUCGCCUCAAGGAGAUGGAGGUGAAGCUGCAGCCAUCCGAGUUUUCGGCCCUGGGUCUAACGGGCAACCACAUCAGCGGACACGAUGCGGGCAAGCACGAUGACAUCAACACCCUGCACGGCACCUUCGAAUAUCUGAAGAGCACUGGCCAGCUAAAACACCUGACCACCGCCCAGCUGAACAACACCCCUCGCGCCCAAGUAGACACGCUGUUCUUCAAUCGGGUCACAAAGUCUGGCAGCGAAAAGAUGAUGGAGUUGCUUAAGAUCCUGGGCAAGCGGCUUAAUUUCGAGGCGCGUCGCGAUGUCGAGGGAUUCUACGAAGUGGUCAUUAUGCACGACUCCUACGCCAAAAACUUUGUCCGCACCGAAGUGUUCAACAGCUCCAAAGCCAGUAGCUACACGAAGCACGUGGCCUUCCUGGACUUCGACCAACUGGACGAACCCUGGCCCAUAUACAUCAAUUUGGUUCGAGAUCCCGUCGAGCGUCUGGUCAGCUGGUUCUACUAUGUCCGCGCACCCUUUCAUCUCGCCGAGAGAAAGGAAAUGUUCGGGGAUGCCAUCGUUCUGCCCAGCAUAGACUGGCUCAAGAAGGACUUUAACCGCUGCAUCGAGGAACGCGAUCCCGAGUGUGUGUACGAGCAAAUGGAAUUGGGCAAUCUGGGCGAUCAUAGGCGACAGUCACUGUAUCUCUGUGGUCAGAACAUGGCGGUGUGCAUGCCCUUCAACUCCCACGAGGCCAUGCAGCGGGCCAAGAAGAAUGUGGAGGAGCACUACGCAGUGGUGGGAACCUGGGAGGAUACGAACACCACGCUGUCGGUACUAGAGGGUUACAUCCCACGAUUCUUCACUGGGGCCAAGGACGAAUACUACGCUUUAAAGAAAAGUUUGGGGAACGUAAACAGGAACACCUACAGGCCCCGUAUCAGUGAUAAGGCGAGGGCCGUACUCAGCCAAAACCUCACCCGGGAAAUCGAGUUGUAUCAGUUUAUCAGGCACCGACUGUACAAGCAGUAUAUAGCCCUACAGCUGGAAAAAGAUCCCAAGCUGCGGGACUUGUAGGCAUUUAGUCACUAAGGGUUGUUGAAGAGUAAUAAAACUAUGCUAACUUUCGAUCUGCUUCGAUCUUUUCGAUCUUUCCGGUAUAAUUCUAACCCUUGGUGAACUUUCGAUUGGGCUAGCUUCGGUAGAUUUCGCACA